AUGAAUAAUGUUGCAAAUACUGGGACGACCAAUGAGUCAAACAUAAGCGAUGCUCCCCGUAUUGAGCCUUUACCAAGCUUGAAUGAUGAUGACAUUGAAAAAAUCUUACAACCGAACGAUAUUUUCACCAAUGAUCGUACUGAUGCAAGUACUAUAUCCUCCACUGCCAUUGAAGACAUCAUAAAUCCCUCCUUAGACCCGCAGUCAGCAGUAUCGCCGGUACCUUCUUCCUCCUUUUUCAAUGAUUCAAGAAAGCCAUCUACUAGUACACAUUUGGUAAGGAGGGGCACACCAUUGGGAAUUUAUCAAAGCAAUCUAUAUGGUCACAAUAACAGAGAGAAUUCCAAUACCAGUAACACCCUAUUGUCCUCUAAACUACUCGCGCAUCCACCAGUUCCUUAUGGACAAAGUCCCAACUUACUACAACAGCAUGCUGUAUACAGGGCACAAUCUUCCAGUGGAACAAAUAACGCACAGCCCCGUCAAGCUACAAGAAGAUAUCAAUCUCACAAGUCUAGGCCUGCAUUCGUUAAUAAGCUAUGGAGCAUGCUAAAUGAUGAUUCCAAUACAAAACUUAUACAGUGGGCAAAGGAUGGAAAAUCCUUUAUCGUUACGAACAGAGAAGAAUUUGUUCAUCAAAUUUUACCGAAGUACUUCAAACAUUCCAAUUUCGCUUCUUUCGUGAGACAACUAAACAUGUACGGAUGGCAUAAAGUCCAAGAUGUUAAAUCAGGAUCAAUUCAAAGUAGUUCAGAUGACAAAUGGCAGUUUGAAAAUGAAAACUUCAUUAGAGGCAGAGAAGAUUUGUUGGAAAGAAUUAUUAGACAAAAGGGAUCCUCUAAUAAUCACAGUAGUCCCACUGGGAACGGCAAUUCAAUGAGCGGGAGCAACAUCUCAGUGGAUAGUGCUGCAGGAAUCAAUAAUAACAAUAACAACAUUAGUAGCAACGCAUUUUUUUCCAAUAGCCAUUUACUGCAGGGGAAAACACUAAGGUUAAUGAAUGAAGCAAACCUUGGAGAAAAGAACGAUGUUACUGCGAUCUUAGGUGAACUAGAACAAAUAAAAUACAACCAAAUUGCUAUUUCCAAAGAUUUAUUAAGAAUAAACAAAGAUAACGAAUUGUUAUGGAAAGAGAACAUGAUGGCAAGAGAAAGACACAGAACACAACAGCAAGCUUUGGAAAAGAUGUUUAGAUUUUUAACAUCGAUAGUCCCACAUUUAGAUCCAAAGAUGAUUAUGGAUGGGCUGGGAGAUCCGAAAGCUAAUAAUGAAAACCUCAGUGGUACAAGUAAUAUUGGGUUGCAUCACGAGAAUACAGGCACUAUAGAUGAGCUAAAGUCUAACGACUCCUUCAUAAAUGAUGACCGCAAUACAUUCAUUGAUGCUACAGCCAACAUUCGUGGUAAUGUGGGCUCCAACAAUGAUAGUAACACUAUUAAUACCACUAGUUCGAAUACAACAAAUAGAAAGAAAAACAUAGAUGAAAGCAUCAAAAACAACAACGACAUAAUUAAUGACAUUAUAUUCAAUACGAACCUUGCCAACAACCUGAACAAUUAUAAUUCCGGCAAUAAUGCUGGCUCACCAAUAAGGCCAUAUAAACAAAGAUACCUUUUGAAGAACAGAGCGAACUCAUCGACGUCGAGUGAAAAUCCUAGCCUAACGCCGUUUAAUAUUGAUUCCAAAAAUGACGGCAAAAUAUCGGAAAUUCCUUUUGACGAUGACGAAGAGGAAGACACAGAUUUUAGACAUUUUACUACAAAUCCUAAUAACCAGACCAAUCAACAUACCUUUGACCCAAGUAGAUUUACGAUGCUUUCUGAUGACGAUCUGAAAAAAGACUCGCAUGCUAAUGACAAUAAGCAUAACGAAAGCGAUCUGUUCUUGGACAACGUGCAUCGGAAUAUAGAUGAACAAGACACAAGGCUCCAGAACUUGGAAAACAUGGUUCACAUACUUUCUCCGGGGUAUCCCAAUAAGUCUUUUAGCAACAAAGUAUCCUUAACUCACACUAAUUCUAACACGGAACCUGCCACCAAUGUUAAUAGUCCCGGUUUCAAUCUACAAGACUAUUUAACUGGAGAGUCCAAUUCCCCAAACUCCGUUCAUUCUGUUCCAUCCAAUGGCAGUGGUUCCACACCCUUGCCUAUGCCUAAUGAUAAUGACCAUCAGCACGGAAGUGCCAGUGUCAGUGGCGCUAUUAAUCCAAACAAAAAUGAAAGCGGACUAACGCCUUUCCUCACUGUAGAUGACCACACGCUAAACGACAGCAGCAAAAACGAUGAAGAAAGCACAAAUGUGUCUCCCGAUAUAAAGUUUAGCCCGACAGAAAGCACUAAAGCGACCGGCAAUUCAUCAAACUUCAAUGAUCACGGCUACACAAACCAGGUCAGCACAACCCCAGAGAACGCCAAGAAGAGAUACGUAGAGGAAAUACCGGAACCGGCUAUAGUUGAAAUUCAGGACCCAGUAGAGUACAACGAUCACCAUCUGCUUAAACGGGCCAAAAAGUAG